AUGGAACCCCAAUCCCAACCCCAACCCCAACAACAACAACAACAAAGCCAGAACCAGAAAUCCAAGCCAAACAUGAACAAGUCUUAUUCUAUGAACUCGGACGACUCGCCGCUCCGCUUCCACUCCCCGAUCCGAUCCGACGCCGGCGACCCGCCCGAAACUCCGCCCUACGAGUCUCCCGAGAACUCGCCUGAGAGGCGGGUGGACAACUCCAAGGCGAUCAUGGCCGUCGACAAGUUCACCCAGUACUCGCCGCUCCGGCCUCAGAAACCGCCGGAGAACGCUAAGGCGCCGUCUCCUGUGGUGGUGUACAACCGGUCGAUGAGGGAUGACGUGACGCCGUCGGUGUCGAAGGUGGGGCCUGUCGUUGGAGCCAACGGCGGCGAAGACGUCGUCAACGGCGUCAUUGGAGGUGGGAGAUCGAGGGGGAUGACUUCGACCCGGCCGAAGAGAGGAGAUAUGGUGAAGACGGCGGCGCUGGGGUUUAGACUGAGCGAGGUUGUGCUGUGCUUGAUUUCGUUCUCGGUUAUGGCCGCUGAUAAAACUCAGGGGUGGAGCGGCGACUCCUUCGAUCGCUACAAGGAAUACAGGUAUUGCUUAGCUGUGACUGUUAUUGCAUUUGCAUAUGCUGCCUUUCAGGCUUAUAAUCUAUCCUACCAUCUAGUCACACGGAAAUAUGUGAUCCGCCACCAUCUUCGUCGCCACUUCGAUUUCUUCAUGGAUCAGGUACUGGCAUAUCUUCUGAUUUCAGCAUCAUCAUCUGCAGCCACUCGGGUCGACGACUGGCAAUCAAAUUGGGGUAAAGACGAGUUCACGGAGAUGGCCACUGCUUCAGUCAGCAUGGCCUUCCUGGCUUUUGUUGCCUUUGCACUUAGCUCCCUCAUCUCUGGUUACAAUCUCUGUACCCAUGACUCUGCAUGA